GAUGGGGGGGGGGGUAAUCGCCCAAAUACAGAGAGAGCUACAGAUCAGAGGAUGACACGUGGCGAAAUCUGAAGGCGAGUUAAUAACAAUCAUAAGAGAAACGCGUUCCGAAUCAGACAUCUUCUCUCUCUCUCUCUCUCUCUCUCUCUCUUUCUGAAGUGAACUGUUGUUGUUGUUGUUGUACUCUCUUUGGUUUCAUCGAGACACAGACCUAAACCCGAUCUGAACUAAAGAAGAAGAAAGAAAGAAUGGCGUCUUCGUCGUUCUCAGUCACGUCUCCGGCUGCUGCUUCCGUCUACUCAGUCACCCAAUCAUCGUCGCAUCAUCUCCCUCUCUCAUCAACCCGCUCUCGCAGAGUCUCUUUCCGUCUCUCCGCUAAGCCUAAGCUUCGUUUCCUCUCCAAGCCUAGUCGCAGUAGCUACCCUGUGGUGAAAGCUCAAUCGAACAAGGUUAGUACUGGUGCAUCAACAAAUGCUGCAAAAAUCGAUGGGCCUUCAGCUGAAGCCAAGGAGAAAAAUUCAUUGAAGAACUCGUCUUCUUCUUCUUCUUCACCUGAAUUAGCUACAGAGGAGUCUAUUUCUGAGUUCCUUGCCCAAGUAACAACUCUUGUCAAGCUUGUGGAUUCGAGAGAUAUUGUUGAGUUGCAGUUGAAACAACUUGACUGUGAACUAACCAUUCGGAAAAAGGAAGCCUUACCUCAACCCCAAUCUCCACAGUACGUCAUGAUGCAGCAACCAAAUCAACCAUCUUAUGCCCAACCAAUGGCUCCUCCCCCUGCACCUGCUGCUUCUUCACCAGCUCCUCCCACACCAGCCUCCCUUCCUCCACCUUCCCCACCUACUCCUGCCAAAUCAUUGCUUCCUACUGUUAAAAGCCCCAUGGCAGGCACAUUCUACCGUAGUCCUGGACCUGGUGAACCACCCUUUAUUAAGGUUGGAGAUAAAGUGCAGAAGGGGCAAGUUCUAUGCAUCGUUGAAGCCAUGAAGUUAAUGAAUGAAAUAGAGUCUGACCAAUCAGGAACAGUAGUCGAUAUUGUGGCAGAAGACGGCAAGCCUGUCAGCCUCGACACUCCUCUGUUUGUGGUUCAACCGUAGAAUCGGCUACCAUGAGAAAUGGAGAAAAAGAAAAAGCUCUACUUAAAAUUCAAAUCUCUGUGCUCUUUGGUAAAACAAUUUGCUGAGACUACCUUUACGAAAAAUGUUUCCCCCUGCGUUGUCUUGUUAGGUUUCUUAGUUUCAUGAGGAAAGAUUUGAGUUUCUUUUGGAACUUUUUUAGUUUCUCUAUUCGUUAAAGACAUUUUUUUUUCAUAAGCUCUGUUUUUUUACUUCUACAUAUACACGAACUCUUGUUCUAAUUCUAUUCCAAUUUCAAUAUU